AUCAGUCACACACUAACUUUCCAAGCUCAACUAAUCAGCACACCUCAACAACUCCAAAAUGUUCAAAUACUUCGCCCUCGUUUGCGUAUUCGCCGUGGCCACAGUCAGCGCUGGACACCUUGAGACCCACCAUGUAGUCCACGAGCCUGUAUUGGCCAAGAUCGGCUCGGUUGUCCAUAGCGCUCCAUCGGCCGUUUCCCACCAGAGCAUCACUCAGGUCCAUAGCAAAGCUGUAGUGAGUCCAGUGCUCGCUCACGCCGUCAAGACAACGGUACAUGCUGCCCCGGUCGUUCCAGUAGUCCAUGCCGCACCCGUAGUUCAUGCCGCUCCCGUAGUCCAUAGCGUUCCAGUCGUCCACUCCCUGCCUGUGCUUCAUUCUGCGCCUGUCGUCAAAAGCAUUCUUUCGGCUCCACUUGCCUACACUCUACAUCAUUAGAAAAUUUAUGGAUUGCUAUACUUGUUGUCGAAUAUUUUGCGAAAAUUUAUAUAAAAUAAAGUUGUGAUAAAAAUUAAAACAUA